AUGGUGCUGGGAAAGCAUGAGCUCGAGGGCAAGCUGGGCGAGGAAAGCCUCCUGAUCAAGAGCGGCGUGCUGCGGGACGAGAACCCGCUCGACACGAGUGCCGAGUUUCACGAUUUCCUGCUGGCGUGCCGCCGGGGCGAUUUGCGCAAGUGCCAGGAGCUCAUUGGCAUGGGCGUCAAUAUCAACGGCAAGGACAAGUUUGAUUACACGCCCUUGAUCAUUGUGAGUGCUUUGCUUUGCUGUGGCGAUGAGGGCAAUGGCGGGGGCGCCCUCGCCGAGAGAAACACAUUCCAGGGUGAGCGCUGCAUAUACAACGCCCUCAACGACAGAAUCCGCAACCUGCUACUGCAGUAUGACUUCUCCAAGAGCUCAGAUCCCUACGUCUACUGGUCAUCGCACAUUUCCGCCCUCUUGGGCCGUCCGGCUCCCAACACGACGGACAUUUCGCUUGAUGCCGAGACCAAGUCUUUCAACCUGCACAAGUUCCUGCUGGCGUCUAGAACGCCCUACUUUCGCAGGAAACUCGAGGCAGCUCCGGAAACAGCAUCAUGGAAAGUAUCGGCCACCAUUCCCGUGGAGGCGUUCCAGAUUGCCGUUCGGUACAUCUAUCUGGGUGAAGUACCGAGGGAUCUUGCGCCUCCCGGCAGCGCCGCAACCGAGGAGGAGGUCGCCAAGGGCCUCGACAAGAUCAGCAAGCUGCUCGAGAUUGAACAACUAUGGGAGGCCAUCCUGGUGGGAAACGACCGUCGAUUGGCACGGCAGCGGUACCAAGACGAGGUCGAGAGGGCGUUGAACCAAGUGGGAGAUUUCUUCCAGGAGAGCGUCUUGGGGCACAAGAUGGUCGUCGACACAGACCGCGUCGACCAAGUCCGGUGGAAGCACGACAACUCCAUCUUCGCAGACGUCCUCCUGCGGGCAGACGAAGCCGCCGGCGAAGAAUCCGAUGGCGGCCCUGCCGACUCAGCCUCUGGAUACGCCGCCGCCGGCAUCCCCAUCGGCCCCUCGUCUCACACCAACGGCGCAAAGAAGGCGAGGAAAUCCGUCCUGUAUCCCGCCCACAAGGCCAUGCUCAUCCGCAGCGAGUACUUUGACAAGAUGUUCUCGGGCGACUUUGUCGAGUCGCAAAAGUCGGAGCACCUGCACGUCAUCACCGUCGACUGCACGCCCGCCGUGCUCGAGCUCAUCCUGUCCUUCCUCUACACCGAAAGCGCGCCCUGCCCGCUCGAGCACGCGCUCGACCUGCUCUACGCCGCCGACAUGCUAUUCCUCGACAGCCUCAAGAACAAGGCCGCCAUCGCCAUCAGCACUCUCGGCAGCGGCACCGCAAACGCCCUCAUCGACCGCACACACAACAGCGGCGAGGGAAACACGGUGGAGGAAGCAGUACAGGUCGAAGUAGAGCCCAUCAACAUCUACGACGUCAUCCACGCGGCCUGGGACCUGCGCGUCCAGCGCCUCGAAGAGUUCGCCGCCCGCUACCUCGCCCAGCGCCUCGAGGACUACAUCGACGAGCCCGACUUCCACGAGCUCAUCCGCGAGAGCGCCGACCGCAUCACCAAGCGCGAGGAGACGGACACCAUCGAGCUGCUCGACGACAUCCGGUACUAUCUUUCCGAGCGGUUCCGCCUGCGCUUCGAAGACGCCGGCCUGGAGGAGAUGAUGGACGAGGACGGCGAGAUCAGCGCCCAGAUGGUGGCUGCGCUGGCGAAUGGCUCGGCGGACGUUGUUGAUGACGAUGUUGCUGCUGCUGUUGCUCAGAUUGACUUGAAGGAGAGUCGGAACGGCGAGAUGAAUGGAGUCAAGAAGAGUGAAAAUGGCGAGGAAGCGGUGCGGACGUUGGACGGGGAAACGGCCGAGGAUGAAUUUGCUUCGGAUGCCAUCAAUUACCAGAUUUUGCUGCAAAAGAUUGAUGCCAUGUUGGAAAGCUUGAAACUGGAUGCAUGA